AUACUUACCUGCUGUGUGCAGUGGUUUUGCACAGAGCAGCCUGGAUCCUCCUCUUCUCAGGUCCCCUACAGGCUCUCCUGGCUCCUCCUGUCUGUCGGGAGCCCCCACAGCAAACAGCUUGCUAUGGGGGCACCCGCUGCUCCUGGGAGAAAAUGGCACACACUCACUGUCUUAGCCAAUGAGGAGGCAGAGACCUGGAACAGCUGAGGCAUUCUUUCACAUCGCUGGACCGCAAUGAGGUUCAGGUAAGUACUGAGGGGGCUGGGGGAGCUGCUGCACACAGAAGUUUUUUUUUACCUUCAUGCAUAGAAUGCAUGAAUGUAAAAAACCUCAAACCUUCAGAAUCACUUUAAU